UUUAUAAAAGAAGCAGCCACUCACUUGUUGCUUCAUGCACACCCGGUGAAAGAGACGGGGAGUGGAGCUUCUUUUUAUCAUUAUUGAUGUGAACACUGGCUUUACCUUUUGCUUUUGCUUUGUUUUCUUCAGUUUCAAGUGCUGGACUCUUCACAACUUGAAGGCUCCUGUGAUUUCAGAUUUCAGAAGCUCUACGAUUUUUUCUUGAGAAAUUUAGCUCGUUAUCUUAAUUUGUUCGAAUCACCUGUUUCAAGUACUGAAUUUUCAUUGGCGAAGUUCUCACUCAUCCAAGCUGUUUGGUUUUGGAAAUUUCUGACACAAGAAGCGGGUUUUGUUGAAAUUUUGUGGGAUUCUGUUCAAUUACAGCUAUUGACAUUGAUUUUGGGGUCAAAAUUCUCUAGAAGAUGAUGCUCACAACGAAAUCCGAAUCUGAUGUCACAAGCUUAGCCCCAUCAUCCCCUUCAAGGUCUCCGAAACGCCCUGUGUACUAUGUGCAGAGCCCUUCAAGGGACUCUCAUGAUGGAGACAAGUCUUCUUCAAUGCAACCAUCUCCAAUGGAGUCACCUUCACACCCGUCCUUCGGCCGCCAUUCCAGGAACUCAUCGGCUAGUCGAUUUUCAGGGAUAUUCCGGUCGUCCUCAGGGAGAAAAGGAAGCAAGAAGAGGAUCAAUGACAAGGGUUGGCCGGAGUGUGAUGUGAUAGUAGAAGAAGGGUCCUAUGAGGAGCUUCAAGAUAAGGCUUUUACUAGAAGGUGUCAGGCCUUGAUUGCUCUGUUUAGUUUUGUGAUGUUGUUUACCGUGUUUUGCUUGAUUAUUUGGGGCGCGAGCAGGCCUUAUAAAGCAGAGAUUAUUGUCAGGAGCAUGGCGGUGAACAACUUUUAUGUUGGGGCUGGUGCAGACUUCUCAGGGGUUCCAACAAAGAUGCUAUCAAUGAAUGGCUCAUUGAGGAUAAGCAUAUAUAACCCAGCUACAAUGUUUGGCAUUCAUGUUAGCUCUAAGCCCGUCAAUAUCUUAUAUUCAGAGAUUGCUGUAGCAACCGGCCAGUUGAAGAAGUAUUAUCAGCCGAGAAAGAGUCACCGAACUGUAUCUGUUAAUCUGGUGGGAAACAAAGUUCCCCUUUAUGGGGCUGGAUCAAGUUUAACACUUUCACAAACUGGAUCUUAUGUUGCAGUCCCGUUCACAUUGGAUCUUGAAAUACACUCGCGAGGAGAUGUGGUAGGAAAGCUGGUGAGGGUAAGGCACAGGAAACAGAUUUCAUGUCUCUUGGUCUUGGACUCUACUAGAACCAAGCCUAUCAAGUUCAAGAGAGAUGACUGCACAUACAGUUGAUUGAUGUCCUUUUAGAUGUAUUACCUAAUAUUUUAGUGUCACGGAGCAUAUUUUCAGUUUGAGUUGUAAAACCCCCAAAGAUUUCUGAAUGCGAAGAAAGAUCCAUGGGCUUGGUAACUGUUUGUUUCGGUCGUCCAUGUUUCUGCAUUUGCACAGAUAAGCAUGUAUAUGUUGAUUGUAUGCGUGUGGAUUCA